GAAACGGACUGGUCACUCAAUGCACACACCGUGGUCGUGUGUUGAACAUGUUUUUAUUGUAAACCGACCUCGCAACUCAGUCCUUAUCCCGUCUGCUGCUGUUGAUGCUUCUGCUGUCGCAACGACCGGUCUUUGAUUAUUUUCUCUCAGUCCGUAUAUUUCGGUUUAACUUUCGAUUUCGAAGUGGUCUUCGCGGUUAACGUUUCCGUUCGAUCCGAUUUCGAGUACGGUCUGACACCACGAAGUUCGUAUUUUUCUAUUCUACGUAUGCAAUAGUAUUAAAACACACGCAAAACGUAUUAUAACUACACUUUACGUAAAUUUCUUUAAAGUUUGUAGUCCAACAAUUAUUUAUAAUAGUUGGUCGUCUUCAACUUUAGCACAUGUCGGUCAGCGGCCAGCUCCAGACUACAACACAAAACAUGGACGAUACGGAAAAAUCGUGUCCGAAAUGCGUGUUCGACCGUCUGCCGCCGGAAAUGAUCCGGUUCAUAUUCCGAAAGCAGUCAACGGACGAUCUUCUGCAGGCGUCGGCCACCACCGACCGGUUGUACCGAGUGGCCCAGCACCACAUGUACGCGUCGGAAGGUGCGCUGCUCGUGCGUGGUGGCCAGGACACGGCGGCCACCGUGACGCGGACGUUCGACGUGCGGAACGUAACGUCACUGUACCUGGUGGACGUGUACGACUUUGACCGGGACGUGCCCCAACAACUGCGGCGAUGCGACGACGACAGCGAAGACGUCAGUGAAGACGGCGAUGAAGACAGCGGUGAACAUAGCGACGGAGAUGACGACGACGAUGAAGACAGCGGUGAACGUAGCGAUGGAGAUGACAACGACGACAACGAACUUGCUGACAAAUGCCGAAACGGCCGAAGGAAGUCGUCUGCGUUGGACGUGUUGCACGUGGGUUACGGUCGGGACAUCAGUUACACUAACCUUCCGGUCGACGGUCUGCGCCGGUUAUUAUCCGGCGUCCGUGCCCGGCGGGUGUGCUUCAGCAACGUGGUGAUGACGGCCGACGACGUAGCCGACGCGGUGUCUGCUAUGCUCGAGGCCCGCGACGACACGGACGCCGUAGUCGUCAAUGACAACAGUGACGUAGUCGUCAAUGACAACGAUGACGACGACAACGACAACGACUACGGUGACGAUGACGAUUACGGUAGUGACGGCGGCGACGUCGGCGACGACAUCGACAGCCGGCCGCCGGUGCUCAGGUGCUCGCACGACCGCGCAGACGACAAUCGAGUGAUGGAACUCAUAGACGACGUCGAGCGCACGUGCGCCGGUCUGUUGUCCGAGUUCAGGGUGACGAUCCGGCGGCCGGCGCCGCACGCGUACGCCGUCUACCCGAUGUCCCGGUGCGGGAGUGCGGCCUCCGUCAACGACUGGGACGAAACGGCCACCGCCGCAAACGCCGCGGCCGCCAUGACUGCUGAGACGCCCGAAGACCUACUCGCGCUCACCGCGGCCGACUGUUCUGGGUUAGGCCCAGCCGCGUACAGGCGCUUGGUGCCGGCGUGUCGCCGGUUGCGCCGGUUGACCAUGAAGGCCGCGCGGCAAGUGGACGACGACGGGUUCGCGGCCGUGGCUGGGAUGCCAUCGCUUCAACACCUCGACAUGGAAGGCAUGUCGGAAGUCACGUCCGACGGCCUGCUCAGUGGUCUCGUGAGCGCCACCGGACUCCAGUCGCUGGGCCUUGCCGACUGCCCGUACGUGACGGACGACGUUCUGCGCCGAGUCGGCGAGAUGAGGCAGCUGCGCAACCUACGGCUGGACCUGACCGACUGCGACAAGACGACGGCGGCUGGCGUGACAGACAUGCUGUCCGGCUGCGAACGACUCCGCGAGCUUGACCUGACGCUUCCGCUGAACGCCGACUACGUGGCCGCGGCCGCGUCCGCAAGUCACCUGGACCAUCUGCGGACGUUCCGGCUGACGUUCGAGCGGCUAUCGUUUCAAGACCACCUGGACAACCAGCCGACCGACGCUGAUUGGCAACAAUCACUGGCCGCCGGUUUCCGUGACGACGUUGAGUUCAGCGUCCGGCAAACGUUCACCAAGAUCACCGUGACGGUCGACUGACCGGUUGUGCGCAACAGAAGAUCACAGUGACCGUUGCCUCAUCAACAUACCGAUCGUCCGUCACGCCCACCAUUCAUAUCACCUUUGUGCGGUGAUCGGCACGCAUGUAACACGUGAAGUCGAACGGCGCACUCGUAUACCGGUACAUCCCAAAAAAGGUCACCAUAAUAAAUUAAUAUCAUCGUGUACCGGAUUAGAGGGUCCAGGUAACUCAGGAGCGUCGUGUGUGGAGGGGUGGCAAGGUGUUCUUUAACUUAUCAAUUUUCUCAUAGUUCAUUACAAUAUUUAAAUAUAAUAUAACCUUUCAUCCCGAUACAUUUCCCAUACACAUAUAAGACACCUGCUGUAUAUUUACUAUGAUGAAGAAAAAGUUGACCCGACCUGAAAUUGACCGGCUAUUGCACGUCGGCACCACGAAUAAAAUACACCUCAAAUGUUGAGAACUACUCGACAUUAGAUUACGGUCGUUUGGCGAUGAGAAGACUUCCGCCCCUUUAUGUACCCAUCCCUUGCACGACCGUCCCCGCCCGACAAACGCGUCAUCGAGUUUGAUGGACAUCGUGUUAAGCACGUCCGGUUUCGAUUUAUCGUCGAAUGCGCGUCCGACCGAUUUGCGUGAACGAUUCUGAACGGAAAUACCUACAUGUGAUUUAAAAUAUGGUGUCGCACACACCUCAAGUACACUAUAUACGGUUUUAAACUAUCGUAAUCUUUAAAUACUACACAAUCAUUAAUACUCCAUACAUUAAUACUCAUAAUAAUAUUGUUGUAUCGUUAUAUCGUAUAUCCAUAUUUUAUUAUGUUAUUCAUAUACCCACUAUCCUAUAUAUAUUUUAAUAGUUUAUGUUAUCACUUGUUAUUAUUAUUAUUAUUAUUAUUAUAACUUACUAUAUUAUACUUUUUAUAAUAUUAUACCUAUCGAAACUAGUCAAAAUUAGUUGUAAUAAUAUUAUGUUUUGUUGAACCUGUGUGAUUUUUUCACUUGAAAAUUGUAAAUAUAGCACGUAUGCGUGGUUUUUUUUUUAUUUGCACUAAAAUAUAUUUUGAUUAGUGGAAA